ACCAGUGGGAAGUUAUCUGAAGAGAGAGCAGAAGAUACAGACUAUGAUGGUUCACCUUUACCUGAAGAGCUUACGGAGGCCCUGGAGGUGGCUGGCUGCUGGGAUGGCAGAUGAAGAAGAAGACCCCACCUUUGAGGAAGAAAAUGAAGAAAUUGGAGGAGGUGCAGAAGGUGGACAGGGUAAAAGAAGACUUUUUUCUAAAGAAUUACGGUGUAUGAUGUAUAGGUUUGGGGAUGACCAGAAUCCUUAUACUGAGUCAGUAGAUAUUCUUGAAGACCUUGUCAUAGAGUUCAUCACCGAAAUGACUCACAAGGCAAUGUCAAUUGGAAGACAAGGUCGGGUACAAGUUGAAGAUAUCGUCUUCUUGAUUCGAAAGGACCCAAGAAAGUUUGCUAGGGUUAAAGACUUGCUUACUAUGAAUGAAGAAUUGAAACGAGCUAGAAAAGCAUUUGAUGAUGCAAACUAUGGAUCUUGACACUUUUUGUACUUUCUGAAGCUUCAUUAUUUUCUGGGGAAACCAUAUUUAAUAACUAUAUUUUCCACAGUAAGGUUCUG